AUGGACACCAACUACUCUACCUUCGGGUUUGACCAACCUGCUUUCGACUCCCAGGAUUUCGGUGGGCCGUUCAAUGCCGCAAAUGGCUUCAACUACGACAACCCUGCUCUCAUGGGCAGCUUUGACGAUUACUUUGCCAAUAUGCCUCUCAAUGGCCUCGACCAGUCUGGCUCCGACCUCCUCCCGAUGGGUCUGGGUUUCAAUUCACUCAACUCUGGCCAGCCCAAUGGUACUGCGCUAUCCACGCAGCGACCCAUGAAUAAACUCAAUCAGCCUUUUUCAAACACAUAUUCCAAUGACACCGCCCAGUUCGGUGAUACCACAUCUUCCAAUGGAUCUGACCAACCCAAUUUUACUGCGCUUUCCACGCAGCGACCCAUGAAUAUCCUCAAUCAGCCUUUUUCAAACACAUCUUCCAAUGGCACCGCCCAGUUCAGUGAUACCACAUAUUGCAACGACUCUGGCGAACCUGCACUAUCAUCUUUGAGCGGUUUCGACAAGCCCAAUUCCACCACCCCACUCAACCACUCUGCCAAUCCGGUAUCCAACAAUCUGUUUAGUCAGACCACGCCUUCCAAUGGCUCUAGACAAUCUGUGAUGCCUGCCCCCACUAGUUUCGACAAGCCUGGUUCAAUCACGGUCAAUGGCACUCACCAGUUCAGUGACACCCCAUCUUCCAACGGUCCUUGCAAUGCUGCUCAGUCAGUAUCCAACAAUGUACCCCUGCAUGCACCCUACAGGCAGGUUUCCUACGACCCAUCGAUUCCAAUUCCGUACACCCCAGAGGACACUGAUGCCGACAAAGUCCGAAAGUGGGAGAACCUCAUCGCCCAUGCCAAUCUGGCCAAUGCUGGCGUGCCCGCAUCUGCUUCUCAGAUCAUUCAGGAAGAGACAUGUGGGCAAAGCCCCAAGACUGUGUCCUCGCCCAACUCUCUGUUUGACAGUCCUCGCUCCGCGUCUGUCGAGAUCCUUGAGACUCCAAGCACCUCUCCUCGCUCCGCGUCUCUCGAGAUCCUUGAAACUCCAAGCACCUCUCCUCCUGGUUCGUCCCCUCCCGACGCUCCUGCAGCUACAAUGGCAACUGCCAUGCCAAUUGCAAUGCCGACUGCAGUGCCAACUACCAUGCCGACUACCAUGCCGACUGCAAUGCCAACUACCAUGCCAACUACCGUGCCAACUACCAUGCCGACUACCGUGCCAACUACAAUGGCGCCUCCACGGGCUACCAUGAAUGUUACUGCACCUGCCACCCUUCGCACUGUGCAGCUGCCGCGUGCCUUGGCAAACGAGAUGGGCUAUGCCCAACAUGUGUCGCCCUUUGCUCCUGUUACAGUUCAUCCCCCUGGUCCCUCCACGUCGACUCCCCGCGACCUUGAAAAGGUUAAGUUGCGUAUCCAGGGCUUGGUUAAAGAACGCAACUACUACCAACGUACUUUGCGUAAGGCGACUAGUGUUGACGCCAAGACGGGCAAGACGGCCCUCGAAUCCCUGCAAGCACAGAAUAAUGCCCUUCGUCGGACCAACUCCAAGCUGGCGCGAGACAAUGAGGAUCUGAAGCAGAAGGUGCAGGCAGCUUCCCAGUCGUACACUGCGUUAGUGGAGAAGUACAAUCACAACAUCCAGCAGCUUCAUAAGGCGCAGCUUGAAUUGAAGCAGCUAGGAAAGUAA